CUCUUCUGCUAAACCACCUUGUCCUCGGCCAAAAGAAAAAAUCUACAUCACUUUGCCUUGUUUUCAUAUCAUUGAGAAAAAAAUGGAAGAUGCCAUGAGGAGACUUAAUCAAGAAUCUGAUCUCCCUGUUCAAAACAGCAAAAACUCUAGUACCCUUACUAAGAGAUCUUCCUGUGCCACAAACAAAAGACCAGUCAAAGACAGUACUAGUGGUUCCUCCGCGGUGAGGUACCGCGGAGUUCGUCGUCGUCCCUGGGGACGUUACGCCGCGGAGAUUCGUGACCCUCAGUCUAAAGAAAGGAGGUGGCUUGGUACUUUUGAUACCGCGGAGGAAGCUGCUUGUGCUUAUGAUUGUGCUGCUAGAGCUAUGCGUGGUGUUAAAGCUCGAACUAAUUUUGUCUACCCGACUUGUCCUUCUCCUACUCAACCAACUUCUACUAAUGAUUUUCUUAAUAUUCCUUCUUUUAACUAUAUUAAGUCAUCAUCUUCAUCUCAUCAGUAUUUGGGUUCAACUCUUAAGGACUUGUCGAAUAGACCCUUUUUUCACUCCUCGAGUCCUUAUGGUUCUACGGUUAGGGGUUUCAAUAGUACGAUUGGUUCAAUGUGUCAGAAAAGCAAUGAGUCAUUGAACAUGCUUCUCUUUCGCGAACUCCUUAGUUCUAAUUCUUAUUCUACCAACAAUGCUUGUUCAACCAUUGGUAAUUUGAACGUGACAAGUACUAGCAUGCCUAAUUUGUACGAACAGGCGCUUCCGAAUUUCAUGUUCAAACGGAAUGUCACUAGUGGCCCCUCUCUUAUGCCCACUAGCGAUACUGUUAUUCCCAGCUCCUCUGUUAUGACUACUCAUGUGCCCAAAUUUGAAAACAUUAUUCAUAGUACUGUCAACACUACUACUGCUGCCAUAGAUGAUUCUGUAGGCAUGGAAUUUUUUCCAUCUGAGCCAUCUGAUUCUGGAUUACUAGAAGAGGCCUUAAAUGGGUUUUUCCCAAAGCCCAAGCCCAUUAAGUCUCAGCUAAUAUUGCCUAAUUACUCUAGUACUAAUGUUUCUACUAAAGGUGAACGUUUGUCUAAUAUUUUCCCUCAUCAGCAACAACAUCAGAUUAAUGAAGGUUUAAACAGUGAUUUUGGAUUCUUAUCACAAACAACGUCGUCACCAGCGUCAUCUUUUCCAGUGUAUAAUCAAGAUUAUUUACCAGCAAAUCUUCAGGUGUCACCAGGAGACAACAUGAUGGGAGACAUAUUUCAGUAUCCAGACCUUCUCAGUAUAUUUUCAGCUAAGCUACAAAAUGCUUGAACUUUUUACUGCAUGUUGCAGGACUCUUAUCUAUGCUAACGUACUGAUUUGUAUUUUAUGGUUCUUAAUUAGUAGUUAUUUGCUUGGAAGAAAGUGUUUAGUAUCGACUUGCUAGUGUUAUCUGGAUUAUGCUGUUUCUGGUUUAAAGAAUUAGGGUUAUGAAAAAAAAAAAAAGGAAGAAAACUAGCUGUUUAAUUCUACAACUCUCAAGUUGUAUGCUUAGUUAUUUGAAUGUAAGGGUUCCAAAAUAUAGCAGUGUUAUUUUGUUUU